AACGAGCAGCUCGACGAGGCGCGCGUGUGGAAGAUUCUCGCCGAGUUGACGGCCGGCGUCGCGCACAUGCACUCGCGCAACAUCCUCCACCUCGACCUCAAGCCCGCCAACGUCUUCAUCACCGACAAGGGCCACCUCAAGAUCGGCGACUUUGGCCUCGCGACGAGG